AUGGCAUUCUCAGCUGGACGGAGAAGCUGCUGGAGGCGAAUACUGUUAGGGAGGAAGUGCCCGUGUUCUCAUCAGCUGCAGAAAAGCUGAAACAGUGGUGCCCAUUUGCUUCUGAGUGAACCCACCUAAGCAUCUCUUACCACAGAGGCAAGCCCCUGCGGAGUGUAGCUGCCCAACCAGAUUUCCUGAAUGGUCCCUCCGUCAGACAUAUUUGCCUGCUUAAACAGGCAGACCAGCUGACCUGAACUGUCAAGAAUUUACUAGCUUGACCUAUCAAUAAAGCAAUCACUAAUCUUUUCCGUGUUUUCUACUGUGAGCAGUAUUUCUGAUCGGUUUAGAACAUUGCCUAAAGACAUCAAGAUGCUCUUGAACCAACACUCUGCAUUGGAGUAUGUGAUGAGCAGGUUAUAAAAGUGUCUGUACAUGGGCAGUGAUUGUGUAAUUGAGUUUACCUCUGCCUGGCAAUGCAUUAUCGUUAGUGACUGCAGCUACUGGGCCACUGAUCAAUAAAGCCACAGAGGUUCAAAUGUUUGAUCUUUCCCACGGACUGGAGUGUUCAUUUCCUUGCAAAUGGAAAUCUGAGAUUCUGUCAGUGAUAACCCAUGUAAAGUGUUGACCACUGCUAGCCCUGUCUACCAAAAACAACCAUAAAAUUGUAUUAAUUGUAUUGAUUUUGCAACCUUUCCCCAUGAAACCUGGAGAGCUGGACAUGGGCCUUUCCCGUCUUAUUUUUCACAGCAACCCCACAAGAUAAUGUGAACAACAAAGAGUCUUGUGGGACCUUAAUAAAGUGUAAAGCGACAGAUGUUCUUGUGGGCCAGAACAGCAGAGUUCAGAAGGGGCUUUUUGGUGCUGGCCCCUUAAUUGUAGAAAUCCCUGCUUUCUGCUUCAUACCAAACCUUGUUUAUUCUGAUUAGGUGUUAAUACAGGUAGUUUUAACAGCCUUAAAUGUGGCUUAAUUUCUUCAAUUGUGAUAGAGCUGAUUUUGAAAAUGGAUUAUAUGCUUGUGUGCAACUCCUUUAUUCAGCCACUGUUUUAUUAAGUUUUUCUAAACUCUCCAAUAGCUAACACUCCCUGGGAAGUUUGUAAAGAUGAAGGGGACAUUCCUACACCUGCUUCAAGAGAAAGAAGUCCAGCAGCUCCUGGAUUCAUUGGACAACAACACUGUCUAAACAGCCAUAGAACAGUGCCCUAAAACGUCCUAGGUUGGGUGCGCCUGGAGGCUUAAAAACAUGUCUAUCACUGGCCUGAAGAAGAAGCAGCCGAAGACGUUUAAAGUUAAAGUGACAACCGUGGAUACUGAGAUGGAGUUCAGCUGUGAGGUGAAAUGGAAGGGGAAAGACCUGUUUGACCAGGUGUGCCGUGCGUUGGGUCUGCGGGAAUCGUGGUUCUUCGGCUUGCAGUACUCCGCCAGAGGGCUAGGAACCUGGCUGAAGAUGGAUAAGAAGGUUUUGGAUCAGGACAUCCCCAAGGAAGAGCCGGUGAGCUUUUGCUUCCUGGCAAAGUUUUACCCAGAGAAAGUUGAGGAGGAGCUUCUGCAGGAGAUCACACAGCACCUUUUCUUCCUGCAGGUGAAGAAACAAAUAUUGGAUGAAGACAUCUUCUGCUCCCCUGAGGUUGCGGUUCUGUUGGCUUCUUACGCUGUUCAAGCCAAGUAUGGUGACUAUGACCCCAAUCUGCACAAGCCUGGCUUCCUGGCUCCAGAGGAGCUCUUGCCAAAGAGAGUCCUCCGUCAAUAUCAAAUGACACCCGAGAUGUGGGAAAAGAAGAUCGCGGCCUGGUAUGCCGGACACCAGGGCUUAGCCAGGUACGAAGCAGAGAUGAACUAUCUUAAAAUUGCAGAAGACUUGGAGAUGUAUGGAGUGAAUUAUUUCCCUAUCGCUCAAAAGAAGAAUCGUACGGACUUCCUGCUUGGUGUGGAUGCCAAAGGGAUCCACCUUUACAGCAUCAACAAUCGCUUUUCUCCAAGCAAGUCUUUUGAGUGGAGCAGCAUCCGGAACAUUUCCUACAGUGAGAAGGAGCUCACAAUCAAACCCAUUGACAAGAAAGCGGAAGUCUUCAAGUUCUUCUCUUCACAGCCUAAAGCCCAUAAACUGAUCACGCAGCUCUUCAUUGGAAACCAUGACUUGUUCAUGAGACGGCGACGUGUGGAUCCCAUUGAAAUCCAGCAGAUGAAAGCGCAGUCCCGGGAGGAGAAAGCUAGGAAGAAGGUGGAGCACCAGCGCCUGGCCAGGGAGAAGCAGCUGCGCGAAGAGGCCGAGCACGCCAAAGAGGAGCUGGAGCGGCGCCUCUUCGAGGUGGAAGACGAGGCCCGGCAAGCCAACGAGGCCCUGCACCGCUCAGAGGCCGCCGCAGAGCUGCUGGCCGAGAAGGCCCAGAUCGCGGAGGAAGAGGCCAAACUGCUGGCUCGGAGCGCCGUGGAGGCCGAGCAGGAGCGGCACCGGCUGGAGCUGGCCGCCCUGAAGACCGAGGAGGAGAAGCGGCUGGUGGAGCACAAGAUGCGGGAGGUGGAGCUCAUUGCCCGGAAGCUGGUGAAGGAAUCGGACCGGAGGGCAAAAGAAGCCGAGCAUCUGAAACAAGACCUGCAGGAGGCCAGAGAAGCAGAAGAAAAAGCCAAGCAGAGGCUGCAAGGCGUUCGCAGACUUAAUCAUUUCCCUCACAUCGCCAAGUGCACCCAGCCCUUUUCUGUCGACGCCAGGGACCCCAGCACUGACAAAGGCCCCUUAAAGUUGGAUUUGCGAGACAGUGACUUGAAGCGGCUCUCCUUUGAAAUAGAAAGAGAAAGAUUAGAGUACCUGGAUAAAAGCAGGAAAUUUGAAGAUCGGUUGAAAGGACUCCAGUCCAAAAUCACUGCUCUGAAGCUUGAAGAGCAGCAGACGGGGCUCUUCUCACACUGGACCGAAGUCCUCGGGAGCUGGGAACACCCCAUGGGCAAGCCGUGCAAGGCCCCUCUGUGGACGAAGGCCUGCGACACGGACCUGCCAGACAGCUCGCCGCAGCCUUUCUCAGCACGUCAGCUCAAUGGGACAGGUGGCUGUGCGACCAGAAUGCCAGGAGAAGGCCCCUCUCGUCACAUCACCCUGACUGCCAGUCAUGUGGGGACAGGACCAUGGAAGCAUGUUAAGGUAGGUGUUCGGCUCUCGUCAUCCCACCAAGGCACACGCUGUCCUCUUUGCCAGCCAGUUUCUUGGGCUGCGGAAGGGGUAGCCUUAGGACCUUAGAAACAUAGAAGCAAGGUGAGUCCGAAGUCCUGGGCCAUCUGGUCUGACUUCUGGCUCUAGCUGGCGCCACUCAUGUAAUCCCCCACCUUGUUCCUAAGCAGAGCAUUAUUUCUGGCAGCAGCUGGGCAAAUGCUUCUGGGGCUUUCCCAUGGGUUGUUCCCAGCACCCGGCACUCAGGUACACAGAAAUUCCAUUCAGCUCCCGUGGCUAAUAUGCCUAUCGGUGAGCAUCCUCUACGG